AUGUAUCUGCUACACACGGCCGCACAGAUACCUUGUGUGAAGUUCUACCAUCCCGAGAGGAUAAGUGGAGAGCUGCUAAGGCUCUGUGCAAAUGAUGAAUGCACAUGUGCUGAAGAGAAUUGCAGUAUGCAGAAGAAGGAAAAAAUCAGCAAUGAUGACCGCACAACUAAGGCCUGUGAGACCAAGUCGGACAGCAAAAUAGAAUUUGUGUACAAAGUGAGACUGGAAAAUUUUACAGAGGCUUUGUCCACUGACAUUUACACAAUGAUGGUUGAGGAGGUCAUCAAAGAAGGGGGUUAUGAUACGCGUCAGUUGGAGCACGAGAAAGUCAAGAGUGAUAAAAUCUGUGAUGAGGGUCCUCAGGGUAAACUGCGUCUAUUCCUCAGUUAUCAGCACUGCAGGGUGGCUUUAGAUCUGAAAAUAGGCAAAACCUACCUUAUCAUGGGCAUGGCCAGAGAUAUUCACAUAGACAAGGAGAAACAAUCGUAUCAGUAUGUACUCGGUGAGAGAACCUGGAUCGAAUACUGGCCCACAGAAGCAGAGUGUCAGACUGCGGAACACAGGCCUGCCUGUUUGGGCAUGGAGGACCUGGUCCAGCAGUAUACAAUCUUUGGAUGUCUGGGCAAGUGAAAAGUAAAAGAAACACCUUUGCUGGAUUGCUUUGUUUUGGAAUUACUCUCAUGUCAAACUUUGACUGCUACGAGAUACAAGUUACGCAAGUCACAAUGAUACAUCCUGCUGAAUAAAAUGUGAUGGUCUUUUAUCUUAUGGUCUGUGUCUGAUAUAAAUUAAAUAAAUAAAAAAAUAACGCAACAUGGAUA